UAUGUUAGAAAAUGAGAUAAUUUAUAGUAUAAGACAAAGGAAAAAUCGUACGGCGUUCGAUUAAUUUACGGCUAAUCCAACGGUUAAUUAUUAACUCUAGUUGUGACGUGUGACCAAAACAAACACAGUUUAAUAGAUUAGUCUCUUCCGUAAAAGAAGAAGAGAAGAGAGAGAGAGAGAGAUGGGGAUAUCGGGUUCAAAGCGAGUCAAGACGAUUCUAUCUAACUCGCCGGAGUUCGACUCGGCUUGUGACUCAGCAUACGAGGAGUCUCUAUCUCUCGCACAGCAUGCUUUCGCCGGAGUUCGUCCUUACCAGCUCCUCUCCGCCGGAGCUCACAUCCACCGGAAUCUUUCCUCUCUCCGGUUCCCUCUAAUUACGAGGUGGGUGUCUUCCCCUCCGAGUCAAUCCCAAGUCGACUCAGCUCUCCGUGUCACCAUCUCUCGAGUCUCUGCGGCGGCUGAGGAGGAAGACGAUGAGAUCCUCCUCCGAUCAGAGGAGUUCAAGGAAUGGGCUUUGGAGGUUUUCACGGAAUCCGUAGUGGGAAACGCGAGGAAGACGAUAGCGAGUCGGAUACCAUUGGGAAUCGUCGGAAUCGCUGGGAUCGGAGCGGUGACUCGGUCGAGUCAAAACAUGAUGGGGGCAACGAUUGGUGUGUACGCGAUCGGAGUUACUACUUCGGUUUUUCUAAGCCUCUCCUAAUUACAAUUUAUAUUAGUUUCUGCAUUUAAUAAGUUGGUUUUGUUAACCAAACAAAGGGUGGAAAUGGUUGAAGUAGUUGAAAAAAAUUAUUUAACUAAAUUUCACCAUUUGAAU